AUGGGCAACCUCUGCAGCCGCGAAGGUUCCUCCAACUUCAAAGGCGAACCCCACACGCUCGACGCCCCGCGGCCCGUCCAAGCCACCCCUCCAAACGCGCGCGCGACUUCCUCCGCGGCCCCAGCCUCCACCGGCAGCACCGGCAGCAGUCCCAAGAUCGCGCGAGUAACAGGUCCAGGACGGACGCUAGGCGCGAGCUCCGACGCUGGUCAGGACCCCAAAGAAGCUGCGCACAGAGCCGCCGAGGCGCGCAUGCAGCAGAACCAGGCAAAAGGCGACCUCGCCAAGAAGCUCGAGGCCCAGAAGCGCCAGACACGGAAUCAGACGCUGCAGGCCGCCGCGCGGGAGAACCGGAUGGCGCGGGACGCUGAUACCGUGGCGGAGUCGAGGGCGCAUAAUUGA